CUUCUCUCUCUUUGGUAUAUUCUGAUUUCUGACUCACUCACCGUCCAAUGGCUCCUGCUAUUGCACACGGAUCUCUAUAGCCUAAACCCUCUUUCACAUAUUAUUCUCUCUCUGUCUUCUUUGGCUAGAUGGAAAUGAAAAGUAUGAAGCAUUAAUCACUUCUCUUCCCUCGUUUCAGUUAUUGGGAAAUUUUUGCUGCUGUAGUCUUUGCUGUUUUGAUUCAUUUCCAGUUCAUCAUUGGGAGAUAUUAGUAUUUGGGAGUUACGGUGUUUGCUCAAAGAUGAUUACUAACCCUUCAUUGCAUGCUUCAACAUUGCCAAGUGCUUUAUCUUCAUCUCUGAUUACUCUACAUGGAAGUUCUGUAAAGUGUAUGCCCUGCCUUCCAUUUAGAGCCCUAAGAAAAAUCAACUGGAUAAGAGCUACAUCUGCUGCAGAUGGAGGGCCUAUUGAGUCAUCGCCAGCUUUGGGAUCAAAAAAUCCUCUUGCGGUUGUUUUGGACAUUCCUCGUACCAUUUGGAAGAAAACAAUGCGUCCAUUAAGUGAUUUUGGGUUUGGUGGUAGGAGCAUAUGGGAAGGUGGGGUAGGAUUGUUUUUAGUUUCAAGUGCGGUUCUAUUUGCGCUUAGUUUGGCCUGGUUGAAGGGUUUCCAAAUGCGAUCCAAAUUCAGGAAGUACACAGCAACAUUUGAGUUUGAUCAGGCUUGCGGUAUUUGCACUGGAACUCCUGUGAGGAUCAGAGGGGUGACUGUAGGUGAUGUCAUUCGUGUGAAUCCUUCCUUAAGAAGUAUUGAAGCUAUUGUUGAGAUUGAAGACGAUAAAACAAUCAUACCGCGAAAUUCAUUGGUUGAAGUAAACCAGUCAGGUCUUCUUAUGGAAACUAUAAUCGACAUUACUCCUCGUGAUCCUAUUCCAACACCUUCGGCUGGACCUCUUGACCAAGAAUGUUCUAAAGAAGCACUCAUUGUGUGUGAUAGAGAAAAGAUUAAGGGUAUAGAAGGAGUGAGUUUGGAUAAAUUGGUUGGGAUAUUUACCCGUCUUGGGCAAGAUGUAGAGAAAAUUGGCAUUGUUAAUAGCUAUUCGUUGGCUGAACGAGCUGCUUCAAUUAUCGAAGAAGCGAAACCACUUCUUAUAAAGAUGAAAGCCAUGGCUGAAGAUGUUCAACCUUUGUUGACUGAAGUCCGUGAUAGUGGCCUGUUGAAGGAAGUUGAGAAUUUAACCCGAAGCCUUACACAAGCAACUGAGGAUUUGAGAAGGGUACACUCAUCCAUAAUGACCCCUGAGAACACUGAACUGCUCCAAAAGUCCAUAUAUACUCUUAUUUUUACCCUGAAGAACAUUGAGAAUGUUAGCUCGGAUAUUUUGGGUUUCACUGGCGAUGAAGCUACAAGAAAGAGUUUGAAAUUACUUAUCAAGUCCCUCAGCAGGUUAUUGUGAGGUCAACAGUCCAAUUUUAGUAGGAUAUAAUGCAAUUAGGUUAUUUCCAAUGUGUUUCACCAACCACAACAUUGAAGGAGUAAAUAUUACCGUGACUGUUUUUUUGUUGUCUCUAAGGAGUGGCAAUACUGAUGGUUUUUACAUUCUACUGUGAUAGAAAUUUGUUUACAACGAGGUGCAGAGAUGUUAUUGAUUGGGGCAGAUGAUUGCUAUGUGCACAAACUUAUUUUGCUGAAAUUGUUAUUCAUUUGUGUAGAAUGGAGGUGAUUCUUAAUGAUUGUCAGUCACACUUCAGCUAAAAUGACCCUGACUUUUGUUAAUUGCCAUUGCAAAACAAACAACUAAUGGAAAUUGUCAUCUUCGAAA